UUAAUUCAUGCCAUUAGCAAACAUCAUAUAAAAGAACAGUACUACGCAUUUAUGAAUUAUCUUGCAUUUAAAGUCUAAUUGCCGAAUUGAAGAGGCUGUGAAGGUCGCGAGUUACGACCUUUUUCGCUUAGUAAGGUCGUCUCAAUUAAUUUCCAUGGUUCUUUCCGGUAUAAUCACAUCACAAUAUACAUUUCGAAUUAUGAUUAAGCUUCUAUUUGCGGAAUAAUAAACAAUUUUGAUUGACAUUAUUCACAGUGAAGUGGUAUCUAUUAACAUCUAUAUCCAAGCUGAACCAAUAUAUGAAUUCAACUGGUGGCCUCAUCUUAAAAUUUUCUUGGGACCCUUAAAUUCAAAUAUCUUCAUGAAGCUAUAACGCGUUACUGAUGAAGUUUGAAAGGCGUUUUUUUGCAUAGUAAUUCACCAUUUAAAAGAAAUAUGCAUUAACCUAAAAGUCAUGUUGCUCAAACGAGUUUGCUGGAAACGAACAUUAAUGCCUGUGAUUUUGGUAACGUUCCGUUGGAAAGGUUGUGAAUUAGCUUGUGCAUAGUACAACACAUAAUUCACGCCAAAUGUCAUGCAGCAAUAAUAACAUUCACCUCAAUUUCUCUCUUGCACAAAACCAUAUAAUGAUUGCGAUCCCGAAAUCAAUGUCAAUUUGCAUGUAGGUAUACCAGUCUCGAGUGCAAUGUGGAAAGAAAGAAGCGAGCGCUUCUUCGCACAUCUCUUGCACCAUCCCGUCGUGCGAUGGGAGAAUCACACCAUCGCAGAACGGGAUGCUGUCGUCUUGUUGCGCAAUCACCAUGGUUACCCAACACAUGCGUUUGGCACGGGUUACGUUUUAUCUGGUUACGGUUUGUGCUUGUCUCAUCGUCGCCGUCGUUGCCCCAGGCUACAAUUAUCAUUGGAAGUGCGUUCGGUCGUCGUGGGCGAUCCUCAUUUUCAGCAGAUUCCUUCGGAAUCGCCAAUGAACCGGCAUCCGUUUCACGCAUUCCCCGCACGAUCGAGUUUCAGUUGGAAAAUUCGUAACCGCAAGUGACACAUGGGCGAUCCGCUAAAAUUGGGUAAGUACGGCCUUAAUUGCUGCAUGAAACAUCGUUAUAAUAGGAUCUAAUUAACUAUAGUAUCUAUUAACUAUAAUAAGUCAACAAAUUUACUGUCUCUAUUAUAAAAUACACUUUUUAAUUAAUUUGCAACUAAUUAUUUGUAAAUAUACAGU